GGCCUUCCUCUCUGCGCCCAAGGUUGCAUCGCCACCUACGCAGAGUCAGCCUGCUACGGCGGCUGCAGUCCCCUCGACGUAGCAUGCAUCUGCUCCAACAAACCCCUGCUCGCCGACUUUUCCUGCUGCGUGAGCCAAUUCUGCGAUCCCGGUCAAAUCGAAGAUGUCCGCCUCUUCGCCAACACAAUCUGCAGCCGCGCCGGCGUAUCCAGCAUUCCUCAAGAAGCCACCUGUCUCCCCACAGCCAUUGCUGCGUCGUCGACAAUCCCGGGUUGCGCCACGCCGUUCCCAACUACCACGACGAUGAGUAGUAUGAGUAUGGGCGCGAUGACGACUUGUGGAGUUUGUACGAGCUGUGAGAGGGUCACGACGGUGAUUCCGGUUAUGGAGGCGAGUUCCUAUACGGCGGUGUUUUGA